AAGACUUGUACCUUAUCGAAGUGUAUUCCCGUAUAUAAUAGAUCUUCUCUCUUCUUCAAUUGAUAUCAUCAUUCACAGUAGUAGCCCUAGUUUUGAAUACAACUGGUACUUAGAGAGUUGCAGUUAUUACUAUUCUCUUUUACGUUUUCCCGCAAAUCCUGAAAUCAUGCAAAACGAGUUUGAUCGCAUACUCUAUUUCGAGAGCGCCCGGAGGCAGGCCGAGGAAGCUUAUGCCCUAAAUCCCACUGAUGUUGAGAAUCUGAACAAAUGGGGAGGAGCGUUGCUGGAGUUAUCGCAGUUUCAGAGCGUUUCCGACUCGAAGAAGAUGAUUUUAGAUGCAAUCUCUAAGUUGGAAGAGGCAUUGUCGGUGAAUCCCCAACAUCAUGAAAGCCUGUGGAUCCUAGGUAAUGCUCAUACUUCGAUGGCGUUCAUGACUCCUGAUGAAGAUGAAGCCAAGGUUUCUUUUGAUAAAGCAACAGUUUAUUUUCAACAAGCUGCUGAUGAGGAUCCAACUAAUGAGCUUUACCGCAAAUCCUUGGAGGUCACUGCAAAGGUAACAAUCUUUCAACACCUGCAACAGGCAAUCUUGAUUGAUUCAUUUGGGUGAUAGCAAUUUGGUCUUAUGCUUCUGGAUUGAUUUGUGUAAUUCAACAUCACCUAGGCUCCUGAGUUGCAUAAGGAAAUCCACAAGAGCGCCCCCCUGCAACAAGCUAUGUCGGCCCCUGGACCUUCAACUUCAACUAGCACUAAGGUAAGUUAAUGACAGUUUUUUACCUGUUCAAUUGUCGAGCAGGAAUUUUCUUUUUAUACCUGUAAUUUGUUGCGCUGCCCUUAGCUCCAUUAGCUUCUUGCUUUUUUAACACAAGUUUGGGGUUUAUCACCUUUAGCUAGAGAUCUAAAAACAAUUUUGGGUUUUAUCACCAAUAAACGAGAGGUCUCGUAGAUGUUUUUACCAGAAGCAGCUGGAAACUUCUUAAUGAAUAAUCCCAACAGCAAAGGCAAAGAAUCUAAGGGAUGGCUAAAGUAUACCAUUUAAUAGCUGCUGGCUGUUGGAAUUUGAAAACUUGCAAUAUACCAUUUAAUGUCUUCUUGCUCUAGUGCCUGAGAUGAGCCAUUGCAGUUUAACUUGUACUGAUUUUAUGUGGUCAUGUGUACUUCCUUUCUCAGCAAAGUACCAAGAAGAAGAAGAGCAGUGACCUUAAGUAUGACAUAUUUGGAUGGGUAAUCCUUGCUGUUGGAAUUUUUGUGUGGGUGGGUUUCGCAAAAUCCCAAGCUCCGCCACCUCCCGCCAGAUGAAUGCGUUAGCUGGCUUACCUAGAAGCUUGCUGGUGGAUUUUCAAAGGAAGAGGUCGGAUAAAGGAGGAAGGAUGGGGAGAUAUACGGUGGUGAAUCUGUAGGUUUCUUUGCUUUGAACUAAGAUUAAAAUUGUUCAGUCAUCUUAAGCUGGUUUUGGGUAGAGCUUCUUUACCUUGUAAUCCCCUUUAUAAUUGCUAGAAUGAUUAUUCGCAGUAUUAUCCUUGGCUUUGUGGCCGAUAUGGUUUGUUUUGAGAGUUAUCCUAUUCCCAUUACCAUCUUUUAUAAUAGAGGUUGAUAGAACGACAUUUUCAUCUUCGUUAGUAUGCUCGCUAUCGUUGCCAUUAUUUUUUUCCUAGUAACGUCUUGACUUGAGAGAUCGACUUGAAUUCUGUUCAAGUCUUCAACUUGAUUUCUUACCAAGGCUGUUUCGCCUCAAAAGUGACUUUGACUGAGAAAAUCCCACUGGACUCUGUUGAUCUAUAUGAUCCUAUCUCAAUUUUUG